AUGACGGCAGAUGAAAAAGCCCUGGCGAUUAGCCAGAAGACCACGAUCAUGUCACAGGCUUGCAGCGAUUCGAAUGAGACUGCAGGUGUUCAUGCAGGUAACUCAGAAAUCCCCCGUGGCGAUGAUAUCAGUGCCCCAGACAUGAAGAAGCUACCCACAGAAGAACAUCAGGGCAAACAAAAUGAUAUCGAAGAAGCCGACAUAAGCCACACUCCUCGGAAACAAUAUCGGCGUUGCAUGUCCAGGUACUCCAGGCAUGUGGCAUAUGCUGGAAUUCUGAUACUUUUCACAGGGUGGUGGGUUGCGGGGCUUAUCCUUCACCGUGAUGACCUAGGAUGGGUGAUCCCCUUUCUCGUCUAUCUGGCUAUCACACUUCGUAUACUCUUUCUCUAUCUUCCCAUCUCUGUGCUCACUAGACCGGUAUUCUGGAUCUGGAAACAGACCGUCUCACGUAUUGUGAGCCAUGUGCCUCCAAGGUUUCGUAUACCAGGAGCAGCGAUAAUGACAAUUGCCGUGAUUAUGAUCGGUUGUUUCGUCUCUGCGGAUACACCAGAAAACACGCGAGCCGACAGAGCAGUUAGCCUAUUCGGGCUGAUCGUUUUCUUGUUCAUCCUAUGGAUUUUCUCUCGGGACCGCAAGAAUAUCGUCUGGCAUACCGUCAUCGUCGGCAUGUUGGUUCAAUUCCUUGUGGCUUUAUUCGUCCUGCGGACACGGGCGGGAUACGACAUCUUUAACUUCAUAUCGACCCUGGCCCAGAAACUACUGGGGUUCGCAGAGCAAGGUGUCGACUUCCUCAUCGAGACAGGCUGGGCUGAGAAACACAAAGGAUGGUUCAUCGUCAGUGUUAUCCCCGCAAUUAUGUUCUUUGUAUCUCUUGUGCAGCUCCUAUAUCAUGCCGGCAUCUUACAAUGGUUCGUUCGCAAAUUUGCGACAUUCUUUUUCUGGUCGAUGCGUGUGUCCGGGGCAGAAGCGGUUGUUGCAGCGGCCUCCCCGUUCAUCGGGCAGGGGGAAUCAGCCAUGCUUAUAAGGCCAUUUGUACCGCACCUGACCAUGGCGGAAAUUCAUCAAAUUAUGACCUCUGGAUUUGCCACCAUCGCCGGCUCUGGUCUCAUCGCAUACAUUGGCAUGGGCGUCAAUCCUCAAGCCCUUGUAUCUUCCUGCGUCAUGAGCAUCCCCGCCUCCUUGGCAGCAUCCAAGAUACGCUGGCCCGAAAAAGAAGAAACCCUCACAGCAGGCCAUGUCACCGUCCCGGAAGACGAAGAGCAUCAAGCCGCAAACGCCCUUCACGCGUUUGCCAAUGGCGCCUGGAUGGGUAUCAAAAUCGCAGGCAUGAUCACCGCCAACCUACUUUGUAUCAUUUCUCUGGUCGGUCUAGCCAACGGUCUUCUCACCUGGUGGGGAUGCUACCUGAAUAUCAACGAUCCUCCUUUGACGAUCCAACUCAUUAUGGGGUAUAUCUGCUACCCUGUUUCCUUCCUUUUGGGUGUUUCCCGGGACGACGACCUCCUGAAAGUAGCACAACUAAUCGGUAUGAAGCUUGUCAUGAACGAAUUCAUAGCAUACUCAGCCCUCCAAACCGACCCGCAAUACCAAUCUCUAUCUCCGCGAUCAAGACUAAUAGCCACGUACGCGCUCUGCGGAUUCGCGAACAUCGGCUCCCUAGGAAACCAGAUCGGAGUUCUGGCACAGCUGGCUCCCGAACGGGCAGGAGAUGUAUCUCGCGUGGCGGUUAGUGCAAUGAUAACAGGAGCGAUCAGCACACUUAUGAGCGCGGCGAUUGCAGGAAUGAUUGCUAUUUAG